CAAUGAGACAGCACGGGAAGAAGAGCAGUUUCGUCAGGCCUCUCGAAGAACUCGUGGCCACACCUCCAUCCCGCGUCCCGCCAUCCGCAACCGCCUCCGUCCCACCGCAACGGUCACCUCCAACUGCCGGCGCCCACCACCUCGCCUCCCCUCCUCUCCUCCGCGGCUAGGGUUCCGCCGCGUCUCCCGUCCCACCCAUGGCCGCGCCCGUGUCCGCCUCGCUAGCGCCGCGCGUCUCCCUGCCGCCUCGCGUUCGCCCCGCCGCCGCCGCCUCUUCCCGCGGCCUGGACCUCGUCUCCCUCUCUGGCCGCCGCCACCGCCACCUCCGUCUCCGCCGCUCCCCGUCGCCCGCGGGGAUUGCCGCCGCGAGCUCCCCGUCCGUGCCUUCCCCAUCGGGCGUCGGCGACGCACUCGGUGGCGUCGAAAUCUACUCCGCGGCCACCGGCGAGCCCGUCCUGUUCAGGGACCUGUGGGAUCAGAACGAGGGAAUGACUGUUGUUGCGCUGCUAAGGCAUUUUGGGUGCCCUUGCUGCUGGGAGUUGGCCGCUGUUUUGAGGGACACAAAGGAGAGAUUUGAUUCAGCUGGAGUAAAACUGAUUGCUGUUGGUGUUGGCACUCCAGCUAAAGCCCGUAUUCUUGCCGAGCGCUUGCCCUUUCCGUUGGAAUACCUCUAUGCAGAUCCGGAACGGAAGGCGUAUGAUCUGUUGGGCCUAUAUUUUGGUAUUGGCCGCACAUUCUUCAACCCAGCCAGUGUGAAAGUGUUUUCACGGUUUGACUCCCUUAAGGAGGCGGUGAAGAACUAUACAAUCGAAGCCACCCCAGAUGAUAGGGAAGGUGUCCUACAACAGGGGGGAAUGUUUGUGUUCAAAGGUAAAGAACUGUUAUAUGCAAGGAAAGAUGAGGGCACAGGUGAUCAUGCACCUUUGGAUGAUGUGCUCAACAUUUGCUGCAAAGUUCCAGUAGCCUGAUGGCACAUCCUACAGUUCAGUAGUUAAAAAGCACUUUCGGCGCCCUUGAUUCCUGAAGUUCCAAGAGUGCUUGCUGCAAGAGUGGCUUGUCCAUCAAUGUGCAUCUGAUAUACCAAUGUGCCAAGCUUCAUGUAUAGUAUAGGUCGAGAUGCCUGGUUUAUUUAGAUAUCUCGAAGGCGGUGGAUUGUGAAUUGUGUGCAUUGUAAGUAUGCAAGUUGCUGUUUAAUAAUUCUUGAGGAAUGCUGCACAUCUGGAUAGUACAGUCGGUAAAAUAUGAAAAGCAAAGUUCGAAGUCUUGGCCCUUUCUCCUAAA